UUCUCCCGGUCGAUCUACUCCAUAACAUCCAUACUCCCCUGUUAUUCUGCCACGUUUCAACGCUCUGUGAGCUCUGAUAACUUGCCGUGCACGCUAGAUGAACUGCGGCGGAUUUCGACGACAAGAUUGUCGGCUCUGGAUUUAACUACACACGCUCUCAUUUCAUAUUAUCUCCCUUUGGCCAUCAUACCUAGAGAUUCCAGUCUGACUUUUACCUCAACAACACCUGUGGUCAUGGCUGAGCCAACCCUGCCACUUACCGCGACACCGAAGCGGAAGCGGGACGAUCUGACGGCUGAAUUGCGCCUCCCUGCCUCACCUACCCCAGAUCAUGCUGCCAAGACCGUCUUCUCAUUCCAGCCACCGAAACUUCAGUCCCCCGUUCGCUUAGGUCAUCCAACCGAAGAUGGGAGCAAUAGCCCACGAUCUAAGGUGGCUCAGAAAUUCAGGGACCUGGCGAUCGAAGAGAGCAGUGACAACCUUAAGGGUACCACCGGAGGUUCUCCCGAAAGCGGGGGUGGGGUGACUACGGCUGUAAAGACCCUUGACUUGAAGGGUCAUGAGAGAUUAGUGGCGCCCGACCCGACCAGAUUUAUUUUCGAUGCCGGCACCACAGCUGCCCAUGCAGAUAUGCAAUUAGAUACAGACGAUGAUGAUCUAGCUGCCGCUCGCAAACGCCCCAAGACACUCGAACUUGACGGAACUAACCCCCAGUCCAUUCUUUCCGUUGACGGCCCAAUCGACCAUGACCUGUCGGCUCCGGUAAACGAGACGGCCGCAAGUGCACCCCCAGUUCACACCUCCGGCAAUUUACAGAAUUCAUAUCCAUCCAUUAAUCGCCUGAUGGAUUCAAAAUCCCGCUGCCGGAAACGGAUCGGGACACCUCCGCCAUCAUCAAGGCGGAAGACUCAAGGCCAAUCGCAGUCGAAAAAGGUGGACGAAGAAGAAGAACUCGUCAUUGUCGAUCCUGUUCGUGCUGCUCUCACUUGGCGCGAAGAUGAGAUCACUAUCUACGACCCAAAAGACAAGGAUGAUGAUGGAACAGGUAUAAACGGCAUUGGAUUCAAACCUACAGCCGCCGUAGCAUACCAACGGGCGCAGAAGCGACGCCAACAGCUUGCCGAGUAUAAGAAGCGGGAGGAGAGUGAGGCGCGCGCGAGAAGAAAUCAGCGGCGAAGAGAGCAGCCAGGUGAGGGAGCCGGGAUGACUAGAGAACACUCAAUUGUACGGGUGCAUUUCUCUGACAAUCCACCGACUACUAUCAUGACUACAUAAUGGUGGGUCACCAAGAUUUUGUCAUGCCUAAUGACCCGGAAAGCCAGCUGUAUACGAUUGUCGCUAGGCUCGCAUACAUACAGCAAGUGAUCAACUCCUCAGUGGAACUGAAAACGAGAAGGUCAUUGCCUAUAGGUCAAACCUGCUAUUUGAUUUACCCAAACAUUGCUUGACUAGGUUUUUAUUUGAGCUACAUUGCGUCGGGCGUCAAGGUUGAAAGGUUAAUGAUAGGGUAUUGGUAUGGGAAAACGGUUAUCAGGGGCUUGUUCGCUUCUUCAAUAGCUCAUUAGCCUCGUUCGAGAGGCAAACUUCAAAUUUCUUGUACAUAGGUAUGAGGUCUAUGGGAUAUAUACAGGGCCCUAGCUAGCAUUAGUUGAAGGGCGAGGCGAACAAAGCCU